AUGAGGGGCACCGGGCCCUCCAAGAGACUCUUGCUUCUGCCUUUUCUUCUGACUAUGGGUGGUUUCAGCUCUGCCCAGGCCCAGAACGAAUGCAACUGCCCUGCGGUGGGCCCUGGUGUGCUGGCUGGAAUUGUGCUGGGGGACCUGGUGCUGACCCUCCUCAUCGCUCUUGCUGUGUACUCUCUUGGCCGGCUGGUCCCUCAGAAGCGUGGGGCUUCGGACAUGACUGGAAAGCAGCGCAUUGCAGAGACCGAAUCACAUUAUCAGGAGCUUCAGGGUCAGAAGUCCGAUGUCUACAGUGAUCUCAAUACACAGAGACAGUAUUACAGAUAA